AUGACCCUCACAGGACCCUCGAUAGAGAACCUGUUGAAACAGGAUGGCAUGACUUGGGAGUUGAUGUGGCAGAGCAAGUCCAAACCCAACAUGGACAAUGCCUUCCUGAUGGGCACCUGGAACGGCCUGGGCUGCUGGGAACCUGGCGCCCUGAUCACCAUCCGCGACGAUGGAAAGCUCAACAUGUUGGCGGUGAUCAACGGUGAAUACAAGUCUUUGCCCAACCUCUGCAACAAGAAUGUCCUGGACGGAGAGUGGCAUCACAUUGUGGCCACCUUCAGCCAGAGUAAUAAGACGAUGCGGCUCAUCGUGGACGGCUGCAUUGAGUCGGAGUUGCAGCGCACCUGGAAUCCACGAUUCCAAGCCUUCAACUUGGGCUACGAGCCAGGAGAGAAAGGCAUCGGUAGCAAGUUCCUGGCGAAGGUACAAGGGCCACGACUACCAGCACGACUCUCGUUAUGGGCGCCUGGUCUUUUGGAACCGGGCUUUGGAUCCUCAUGA